CUUGGGUUGCCUGUUCGGAGCCUCCUCUAUGGAGCACCCUGUGAAAGAGGGGAUUCUCUAUGUCCAGCAUCCCAAAUUUGGGAAGAAGUCCUGGCGGAAAGUGUGGGCCCAGCUCUUUCCUGACAGCCCCUCCGGCGUUGCACGGCUCGAGUACUUUGAAGGUGUCUCAGCGGAGAAGGCCACCCUGCGGAAGGGGGAGCGCAAGGUGAUCCGUCUCUCAAACUGUGUCUCUGUGGAACGGGCUGGGGACCACAGCUCCCCCAAGGAGACGGGCCCCUUCUACUUGUGCAUGAUGGAGCGCAGCUGCUUGCUGGCAGCAGAUCAACCAGACGACUGGAUAGAAUGUAUCUGCCAACUGGCUUUUCAGAAGACACCUGUCCUAGCCAGCACACCUGGAAACACUCCCAGUCCACAGCCCCUCAUGGAGGAGAAUGCCAUCUACUCAUCCUGGCAGGAAAUACACGAGUUCCCAGUCACAGUGUUCCCGACAGAGGCAUCUUCCAGAUGUCAGCUGAAAGGGAAUUACCUGAUGGCGCCUUUACUUGAGCAGCUGGUGCUGAAGGACGCGCAGUCUGAACAUGUCCUCUAUAGCUGGCCUUACGCCUUCCUCCGAAGAUUUGGCCAGGAAAAGACUGUGUUCUCCUUUGAGGCAGGGCGCCGCUGUGAUUCAGGAGAAGGCCUCUUUACUUUUAACACGGUACGGGCCACAGAGAUCUGUAAAGCUGUGUCAGCUGCCAUAGAGCACCAAAAAAAUGUUCUUCUGGAGAGAGAUAAGAAAACUGGGGUUUGCUCAGCCCAAGACUCUGUGCAGAAAGGAGGACCCUGGUCGUGGCCCACUGGUCUGGAGAGCCAGGAGGAAAUGCAGCCUCUAUAUGCCAGGACCCCAAAGGGAACUGUGGAAAAAGGCUUCCCAGUGCUGCCUGUGAGCGACGGCCGCUCAGUUUCCCCAGAGACGGAGUCUCCUGAAACACCCAUCAUCUAUGCUUCCAUUGGCAAGAGCUUCCCGCUCUUCCAGCCCAGUGACAAGAUGGAGGCAGAGCCCAAGGAGCAGGGAGAACCACUCUCCGACCAUCUCUAUGAGAACUUGCGUGCUCUGGAGAAGCACCCCCUUUGUUCGCAGUCUCUCGGCUUCAGUUACAGAGACUCCCCUGAAGAUAGCAGAAGCAACAACACUGAGCUGCAACCCAUCUAUGGCAACAGUCCUGUAGCGGCGAAACGCUCAAGUAGCCACCCAAGUCUUAAUCCCAGUGCAGGGGCUGACUCCUGUCCGGAGAGCCAGUGCCCUCCUUGCAUGCUGGAUUGCCAAGAGGCAGUGAGUGGAGGCGAGGGGAAUGCCAAGCCCAAGAUAAGAGGGGCUGGUGCUUUCAAACACAAACUGGUCUCCAUGCUAAGCCGGGACGGAGGAGGCGCUAAGACGGCCAGCAAGAACACGGGUCCAAUGGACAAGUCAUAAUGGGACCUCUCCAGCUGCCCCAGGGCCUGGAAUUCCCCCUCUCCUCCUCCAUCAUCUCCAUCUCCUCAUGUCCUCUAUCGUCAUGACAGGGAGAAUCUUUGUGACCUGAAAACGCAACCUGUCAAAUCAGAUGAAUGGUGGCUGUAGAUGCCAGCUUGGCCCACUCUACUCCAUGGAGCCAGUCCUAGGUACUGAAGAGGUGGGAAUGACAAUUACUCUCCUAACCACUUCUGUGAGUAUCAAGGAACCUGGAAAACCAAAAGAAUGUGUUUUGGGCUUUUGUUUUUCUUCUGUGUCUCAAUAAAUAGUGUUUCUUGGA